AUGGAAUUUACAUUUGAGCUUUUCCCAGAAUACACUCUCUACCUCCAGCUCUACAUAAACCUCACAAAUUCCUCUGAACUCCGUGCUAACGUGCGUAACUUUGACUGUGCUUUUAUCAACCCCAGCCUAAUUACAUCAAUAAAGCACAUCCUGGUCGCUGCUAACCGUGCUAUUUCUGGAGUAAAAACCAAUACCAAAAAAACUGACUCAAUUUAUUCUGAUCUUGUCUACUACUUAUCACCCUCUUGCAAUAUCCGUAGCACUCUCAGCCAAUUCGGAAUCCAAGACUCCAGUACAAGCAUAAUAAUUGCUUGCUUCGACCCUCAAACUUUGAUUACCAUGGACUCUGCCAUUUGUGGCUCCAAAGACUCAUUAGACACUCUUGCCUCUUUUACCAAUUUCAAAGAAAUCCAAAGCAUUUUCAAAAUUUCUGACUCAGAGUUGUCAAUUGACCACUCUUUUACCAAUGCAGUAUCAUCCCGAAUCGCAUUAAAAGACUUAUAA